AUGCAAUCUCCUUUUAGAUUAUAUUCUGCCCAAAGAACAUUUACUUGUAGAAAUGUGGAGAACAAAGCCUCUUUUUUCAUCUCCAAAAAAACCAAAUAAACAAAAAAAUAACAAGAAAUUGAUAAUCUGAACGAAUAAUUAUUAAAAGUCAAGCAAUCCAAUAAUCAACUCUUCGAAGAAAACAAACAAUUGAAGUAGUAAAUACUGCAUUUCGAGAAAUAAUUGAAUAAACAAGAAAAGUUACUCAUUUUGAAUACACAAGCCAAAGCCGAAUCCAAACAAUCUGAAUUAGAAUUUUAAGUUAGAAUGAAAACAGAAGAAACAUGUUCCAUUAUUGCAUAUCAAAAACAAAUCAAAGAUUACAAGGCUAGGGAAUUGUACAACCAACAGUAAAUUGAAGAAUUAAAAAGAGACACAAGAAGAACAAAGUUACAAGAAUGCUAGAUAGAAUGUAAAAUUAUCAAAGAAGAGCUUGAAAAAAUGAAAUUUAAAUAUUAGGCAUUAAUUCAUUAGAUCCAAUUCAGUCAAAAAGAUGAGUUAUUGAAAGAUAAUAUUAAAAUUAGCUAAGAAUUACUUAUUUCUUAAUAGAAAAUCUAGGAAUUAGAAUUACAUAACAAAAAAAUACAACAAGAUUUACAUCAUUCUGAUUUUAAAAGAAUGCAAAGUGAAAAAUUAGUUUUUGAUAAAGAAAAAGAAUUGCAACUAAUACAAUUUGAAUAUAGCAAUCCAAAAAAAACAAUCAAUGAUUUAAAUCGACAAUGGUAAAUGAGAUUAGAAAACCAGAAGUAACUCUAUCAGCAACUGGAAGAAGAAGUAAAACUACGAAAUGACAAAAUCAACCUCUUAGAAAAAACACUAAAGGAAGACAAAACUGCUUAUUAACUUAAAGAGGCACAUUACAAGAGAGAAAUUGAUAAUUUGAAUAUCUAAAUUGGAUAAUUUAAAGAAACAAUCUAACAUUUAGAAAAUCAGCAAAUUGCUGAAAAAAGUUCAGAUGAACAAGAGUCCUUGUCUGAAAAAUCAGUAAGGAAAGCAUCCCAAAACUAUUAAAAACAAAAAACUGUGGUGUUGAACAGAAAAAAGGUUUAAAAGGUUAGUUUAAAAGAGGUGGAGAUCAUAGGAAAGGAAUUAGCAUUGAAACUGUAACUUGCUUAAAUCCCAUUCUCAAAAUUAGACUCAUUCCUUUAUUCUAAAUCCUCUAGAGGCAUAAUUAAUCUAAGUGAAAUUGAUGAAAUUCUUAAGUAAUCUCCGUUUGAUUUACCUGAUGACCAGGCUUUAUUAGUUGCGAGAUUUCUUGCUGAACCUGAACAAGAAGAAUGGAUCUAUUAUGAUAGUUAUUAGACGAAUGAUGUUGUAAUUGUUAUUAGCAUCUUCCGAAAUCUGAUCAAGCCUUUUGAACUGCUUAACCCUCAGUAUUAUGAUACAAUACAUCAAGAAUUAAAAUAGAUUUUCAAACAUAACAAGAACAAGUUAACCGAUUAUCUAAUGUUAAACGGUGAUAAUUGUGAUCUAACUUAGUUUAAGAAGGCAUUUGAGUAUUGUGACAUUCCAUUAACACAAGAAUAAGAAACCUAUAUUUCUAUUAGAAUGUAUGAAAAGUAUAGAAGGAUUGAGAAUUUAAAAUACUAAGAAAUAAUUGAUUACUUCAAAUGA